AUGGCAGACCACCACGCUCUCUGCUCUCGUGAAGAAGCUGCCGAGAAAGCUAUCGCAGUUCGACAGGAAUUAAAGGUCUGGGAAAAAGAAUUUGCCACUGCCAACGGUGGGCGCAAAGCUGGUCGCGACGAUAUCAAGCAGAACCCGCAUAUUGCCCAGAAAUACAAGGAAUAUGGCCAAUUGAAGAACCUCGAAGCCAAACUCAACCGGCACGCAAACAGGCAAGCAGAAGCAAAACUGCCCGAAUCGCAGUCCAGGAAGCGAAGACAUGCGUCGCCGUCAGGUCCGGCAGAUGGGGCCUUCAAUUCGACGACACCCCGCAAAGCAUCAAGGGGUCUCUUUGCGACCCCUCGCCAUUCCCGUAGCGAGAAGACGAACCAUCCCUCCAACCUAGACCCCUACGACUCCCCAUCUACCUUCCGCAGGCUCUUUAGCCCGAGUACACAUGUACAUGCUCAGAAUAUGCCAGCACCGUCACCUCUCAAGGCUGCGAUUGGACCUACACCUCAGCGGGAUGGCAAAUCUCUUGGGCUCUUUGACCUUCUUUCCGAGUCGGGUGGAAGCAAUGCGACUCCCUCUGUGAAUAGACAGAAGGACACUCUCACCGCCGGGUUUCAAACACCAUCUAAACCAAAAACAAUCGCUUCUAUCCAAGAGGUCCCCGAAGAGGAAGAGGAGGAAUCGUCCCGAAUCACAAGAACCCCGGCAUCGACCACUAAGCAGUUCUAUCUUGCCAAUCUAUUCGCGACACCCACGACAUUGCGCUACGCGGCCAUGGUGGAGGCAGACGACGAGAAGGAAGCGCAAGCAAGUGCGAAUCAGAAGUCUAACACGCACUCCCCAGAGACCAACCACUCAGCAACCCCGUCAUUUUUGCGCCGUUCGAAUUCAGGACGAUACCCUGCUCCGUCAAAUAAGGAUGGGUCUGGAUUAAGUCCCAUCAAAUCCAGACAGCCAGGCCGAUUCCAUGGAAAGGGUCUAUCAACAAUUGUCCAAGGCCUACGAGACAUGGAGGAGGAACGCCUGGACGCAGAAGAGGAACAAAUGGAUGAUGAGUGGGAGCUGAUGCGCGAAAUGGAGGGCGACGCAGACGGCUUUAGUUACCCAGUCCCAGAGGCCCAUCCUCCACAAGAAGCGCAGCGACCUUAUAAGAAGAAGGGCCAGAAACGAACUACUCGGCGAGUGAUCAUGCGACCAGUCAUUCGGCAAGCGAAACCACGGCAAGCAAGCAAUGCCGCUCCUCAACCGGAAGAAGAAAGUGACGACGAGCUGGCUGCCGACGUUGUCCCAGAGACACAAGUACAGGCUCAUUCAGAUGAAAUUCCCCAAGACGUCUUGGACGCCAAUGAGGAUGAUCUCGCAUCAUUGCAUACCAUGUCCGAGCCCGAGUCCGGAGACGAGGAACCCGACCUAGAUUCCGAUGGAGACCCUGAAUACGGCGAAGAGAUGAAGUCUGUGUCAAAACCCAAGAGCUUUUCAGAUCGCUUGAAAGAAGCGGUUUCCAAGGUCAAGCCAGCACCUAAGGAACCGGCGCCGGCGCCUGUGAAACCCGCUCCAGCAGCGGAAGAGAAGAAACCCAAGGAACGAAAGGUCAACCCUCAAACCCAUGCCAACUACCGGUCAUUGAAAAUCCAUAACAGGGGAUCUCGGGGUGGUGGCCGCUUCCGCCGCAGAUAG